AUGUCGAGCAACUACACGCUGGCGAGUCAAUGUCAACUUAGGAGGGAUGAAAUGCAUGAGCUUCUCGUCCUUGCCGCCGCGGCCGCAUCAACGUUAGACACCGCCAGUGAAAAUGGUGUGGGACCGAAGGAAUGCAGCAAACUGGCACUCUGGCGUAUGCUGCUCAGUGAGGCACAUGUACGAACGCUGAUGGUGCACGCAUUGGUGCGUGUGUCGGUCCCAAAGAGCAAACAACAGCUGCUUAUUCAUGGGAACAAAUACAUGAAGGCAAGCAGUUCGGCGAAGGGUUCCACAGAGGGCCAGCAACAUAAUUACCGGGUGGGAAAAGUUGUGGCGCUCAUACCACGCCCUCGGGGGUCGUCGGAUGUCACGAAGACAACAAGUGACGCCCCACCGGCAGGUUCACUUCUUUCGGACUGGCUGCUGGGUGUUGACUUUGGCGAGGCAACCGAGUUGCUGGGAGCCAAGUACGUCUCCAAUGAACCCUUUUCACCCGAGGAACAUGCCGUAUUUCUGCGCUCCUGCCUCUCGACACACACGGACACAACAAAGGCAUCAGCGCCUAUGACGGCUUCAGAGGCGGAUGUAGUUGUCCGCAACCUGCAUGACAUUCGUAAGUAUGUCACCGCAGUGGUGGAAGAACGAAGUGGCAAAGCAGCGGCUGCCGUGUCAGGUGUUGGGGGAAUUAAACGCCCUCGCGAUGACGCGGCUGCGGCACUGGGAAAAGAAGAAGGUGGCAACCGUCACAAGAAGGAAGACGACGAGGAUGAGGAGGAGACUCUCACUCGAGCGCAGCUACUGGCGGAACGCGCGCGGCAUCGCGAGGAGCGACACCGGUGGGAGGCGCUCCUUGACGAACAGCAGCGACAUUUGAGUGGCCUGCGCCAGUUGCUGAAUAGCAAGAAUGGGGAGAUUCAACGAGUGCUGCAUACCCAGCGGCAGGCGGAGGCGGCGCACAGGGCUGAGAUGGAGCAAUGGAAGGUAAAGAUGGAGGAACAGGGGCAGACGAUCCGGCGAAGCGAGCGGAUGCUUGCUGACGAGCGUGAGGUGCAAAAGGAAAACCGCGAGAAGACGGAGAAGUUAGUUGCGCAGCUCAAGAAACUCGCGGAACAAACUCGGAGGUUCAAGGAGGUGUCAGACACGGUGGCGGAUUGGCUGCGUCUGGGCACAAAACAACCAGAGGAGGUACUGGUGGCUCUGAAGAGAAAACUGGCAGAAUCGCCGAAUUGA